UGUACCUCUCAGCUUUCAAACCCCAAGAACCACCACAGAAGCAGAAGAGAGAAGCGGCUACAUUCUCCGGCAAGUUGGACGGAUAGAUCGCCGAUAAUUGACAAAUUCUUCUCCGUUUCCUGUCACUUGUUGAAAUGGCUAGUAGUACUGUAAGGAACGUGCAUGGUAAGAGAUCUAGUUUCCAAUCUGAGUUUACUGGAAACGGAGCAAGCAAGAGAAGAAACCUUCACGAUGAGACAGAUCGCAAUGUCAUUGGUUCUGAAGACACCGUGUACCGUUACUUGUGCCCUGUUAAGAAAACAGGGAGCAUUAUCGGCAAGGGCGGUGAGAUCGCGAAGCAGAUAAGGUCCGAGACAAAGUCAAACAUGAGGAUCAACGAGGCUUUGCCAGGUUGCGAGGAGCGCGUUGUUACCAUAUAUUCCACUAGUGAUGAGUUGAACCAUUUUGGAGACGAUGGGGAGAUCGUUUGUCCUGCUUUGGAUGCUCUUUUCAAGGUUCAUGACAUGAUUGUAGCCGAGGUUGAUGAAGAUGAUGAUGAUGAUCUUGGCGAUAAACAAACGGUUACUGUGAGGAUGCUUGUGCCUUUCCCGAUAACGCAACCGAUCUGGUCUGAAGGCACAAGCAUCCUCACAGUAACCGUUUGUUUAUCGCCAAGAUCAUCAUCAUCAUCUUCAUCAACCUCGGCUACAAUCAUGUCAUGGACCUUGAAAAGAGCAUCCAAAGCAGGACAAACGAUCUCCCCAUCGUCUCCAAAAUGGUUCAACUCAUCACUAGUGGAAUAUAUGGGCACAAGUAACGGUUUCUUCUCUUGCUUAAUUGGGAAAGGUGGUGCUGUUAUAUCCGAGAUGAGGAGUGUGACACGAGCUAAUAUCCGUAUUCUUCAAAAGGAAAAUGUACCAAAUAUUGCUCGUGAAGAUGAGGAGAUGGUUCAGAUUACAGGAAAUCCUGAUGCAGCUAUGAAAGCUCUUACGCAAGUAAUCUUACGGUUAAGAGCUAACGCUUUCGAUAUGAAUCAUGGACUUGUCUUGCUACCCACAUCUUUUCCAUACAUCUCUCAAGUAUCCGGAAGUUCAAACAAACCCAAAUACGCAAAACGUGAUGGUUCCAAAGAUCAAGACUACGGUAGACUGAAUUUGAAUUCCAAGAGAAGAAACCAUGUUUCUUAAAUCAAGAAAACCCAUCUUAGAAAGGUAAUGCUUUGUGGGUUUGGAGAUUAUUCAGAAGACGAAAGAAGACUGAGAGUGUUACACAGUUUCAGGGAACUUAUACGUUGGUGCAAUUUUUUAUUACUUGUAAUAAUAAAACGUUAAAAAUGGUUGUCUAUUGAAUUAAAAUAAAAAAUGUA